UAUUUGGACCUGCUUUCUACAGAUGAGAUAAACCCUUUGUGAAACUUUUUUUUCCACAUUUUAACUAUAAGCAAUCAAUAAAAAAAAGUAGGAAUAAUAGAAAUAAAAUAAUAAAUAAAUUAUAUGAAUUAUCAAGGUAAACAAUUAUCAGUAUUUUUCAUUCAUCUACCUUUUUGUUUACAUGAAGGUUGCUGUGGUAGCUGCCUUUGUUGAUACCUGGAGCUGCACAAUUAGGAAAUUUCCUCAAUUUUUUUUGACUGGCAUUGCUGAUCUCCUGCCAUCCAUUUUAGGGGCGGGAAUUUCCAAAACUGAGAAAUCUUUUGGACCCAGUUUGUUUCAGAACAAAAUAUAAGCAGAGUCAGAUGAGCAGAGUCUUCACUCCACUCUCUGGGACCUAUCAAGACACUCUGCAGGAGCUGCAAGACAUCUGUCACCAUGAAGUUGUUUCUGGCAGGAAUUGUUCUGUUUCUGAUUGUGGGAACCAAUGCCCAGUGGUACCACUUUCCUCGUGAAGCCGCCCAAGGAAGUCGUGAUAUGUGGCGAGCAUACAGGGAUAUGAGGGAGGCCAACUGGAAAAACUCUGACAAAUACUUUCAUGCCAGAGGAAACCAUGAUGCUGCCCAGAGAGGAGCAGGCGGUCGCUGGGCCGCCAAGGUGAUCAGUAACGGCAGAGAGCUGUGGCAGGGGUCUGUGUCAGGUCGUGGUGCCGAGGACACUGCUGCUGAUCAGGAGGCAAACAGGCAUGGGCGUAACGGAGGAGAUCCCAACGUUUACAGGCCAAGGGGACUUCCUUCGAAAUAUUAAUAUGAAAACCAUUAACCAUUGAUAUUGGUAGUGUUGGAGUAACAUUAUCCACUUUUUUACUCAAAACAAAUUUACAAUAAAAGUAUAUUCUUUUCUCGCAAUUCUUUCCUGUUUACUGUUGUGUUUAUUGUUACAAUACAUCUCUGAUCUUUUGCCUCUGAAACACCAGCCAUCAUUACUGCAAGAAAGUCCAAUAUAAUUACUCCAAUUGUUCAGUUCUUCUCAUUUUUCCAAUUCCCAGACAGAGAAGUUACUGAGUGAGUGUU